GUGUCGAUUUCUCUGUUCUUCGUAUGGACCUACAUGUUUGUUCUCGUGGACGUGCAUGUGUGUGUUUAGCUUUAGUAAUGUCCAUAUUGUAUCUGGGUAUUUCUCUGAAAAUUAAGUUUAUUCUCUCUUUGCUCACUUGAUUUGGAAAAAAAAAUGGCAUAUGAAUCGCAGUCGCUGAAGAAGAAGAGCUCCGCCGGGGCUUUUGGAGACGUCUUGUACGGUAUGAUGAUGCUUCCCAAAGAGAUUGAAAUCGAGAAGGAGAGAAAUUUCGAGCUUGGAUUUCGAGUUCCAGACUUCGGGCUUGUCAUCAACGAUUUCUUGCGGACCAGGGAAGUUGGUGAGUUUGUUAGUGGGGCUUUAGCAGGAGCCAUGACCAAAGCUGUACUUGCUCCUCUCGAGACCAUCAGGACAAGAAUGGUAGUUGGUGUUGGAUCCAAACACAUUGCCUGUAGUUUCCUUGAGGUGAUUGAGCAGCAAGGUUGGCAAGGAUUAUGGGCUGGGAAUGCAAUCAAUAUGCUCCGUAUAAUCCCUACCCAGGCAAUUGAGCUUGGGACAUUUGAAUACGUAAAACGAGCAAUGACAUCUGCACAAGAGAAACGGAAUCAAUCCGACUGCCCGAGGGUGCAUAUUGGUCGUGCCAGCUUGAAUAUUUAUCUCUCCUGGAUUUCUCCGGUGGCUGUGGCCGGUGCAGCUGCUGGAAUUGUUAGCACACUUGUGUGCCAUCCCCUUGAAGUUUUAAAGGAUCGGAUGACUGUCAGUCGUGAGGUAUACCCUAGUUUAAGCAUUGCAAUUAGCAAAAUUUACAAGGAUGGUGGGAUAGGUGCCUUCUAUGCUGGUAUCUCUCCUACACUGAUUGGCAUGCUUCCGUACAGUACUUGUUACUAUUUUAUGUACGAUAAAUUGAAGAAAUCUUACUGCCAAGCCAAAAAUAAGAAGUCUUUAAAUCGUCCAGAGAUGCUCCUGGUUGGAGCUCUUGCAGGUUUUACUGCUAGUACAAUUAGUUUUCCACUGGAGGUGGCCAGGAAAAGGCUAAUGGUGGGAGCUCUAGAGGGCAAGUGCCCACCCCACAUGGCAGCAGCACUCUCAGAAGUCAUCCGGGAGGAAGGACUGAGGGGACUCUACAGAGGAUGGGGUGCUACUUGUUUAAAGGUCAUGCCAUCCUCUGGCAUCACCUGGAUGUUUUAUGAAGCUUGGAAAGACAUAUUGCUAGUUGGAAAAGGUCAUCUAUGACAUGCAUCCGCCAAGAUUCCUCAUAAGUUGGUAAUUUGUUGAGACUACCGUUUGGGGGGUUUAUUGGAAAUUACAAGGUGGAAGGAACCAACUAACUAGCUCACCAAAAUCCGCCUAAGGAUUCGACAUGGUCCGGACACCAAUCUUACACCCAGGGAAGUUCAUGGUUUCGGCCUAGAGCUACACCAUGUAUCCACCAUUAUUGACACUUCCGACCAAAACACCUGGUGAGUAAUGGAAUGGUUGGCCAUUUCUUUUCUAGCAGCUAUUUUUUCUGCUCAUUUUGAUUUAGAAUUGCCCAUGCGGCUCAGCCAGAGAUAAUAUUCUAUGUGCUAAUAAGAAUUGAAACAAAAAGAAUCGUGUAAUUGCAUUUAUUUAUUCUCGACUU